UUUGGUACAGUUUGUAGCAGGAAAUUACGUUGCCCCAGUGGUGUUUCUUUAUGCAACUCGAUCUCAGUUCGUCGACGAUCAGAUCAAUCUGAGGCCGAAAGAGCGAACAAGAAGGCUUCGGCGAAUCUUCCGGUUACGAUCUACGGCCAGAUCCGUUCCUGUGGAUGGUGAGGAAGAAGGCUUUGGCGGAUCUGAAAUGUUUGUUGUCUCAGUGAAGCCAUUUUUUAGCAUUCUAGUUCUCAGUCUUUCUUUGUUCUUGGUGGUGCUUCUCCUGUCGCCGCCCUCUUCGCUUUUCUCAAGCUCCUCACUCUCAUCUACUCAUAAGCGAGGCAACGCGGAAAUAUGGAGUGUCCGAAGGAUAGCAGAGUGGAGGCCUUGCAAGUGGUGGCUUCAAGGUUACCUACCUGCUCUGCCCGCUGAUACCAAUGGAUAUAUACGUGUGGAUUGCUAUGGUGGGCUCAAUCAGAUGAGAAGAGAUUUGUGUGAUGGAGUUGGCAUAGCACGGCUGUUGAAUGCAACCUUGGUUCUGCCAAAGUUUGAAGUGGCUGCAUAUUGGAAUGAAUCGAGUGGUUUUGCAGAUGUAUUUGAUGUCGACUAUUUCAUCAGUCAGAUGAAUGGUUAUGUAAAAGUUGUCAAAGAGUUGCCGUCUGAAUUUGCAUCCAAAGAGCCUUAUCAUGUGGAUUGUAGCAAACGCAAAGGACAGUUUGACUAUAUUGAAAGUGUCCUUCCAUCAUUAUUGGAACAUCAUUACAUUUCAAUAACUCCAGCAAUGAGCCAGAGAAGGGACAGAUAUCCUCAGUAUGCAAAAGCUGCCCUUUGUCAAGCUUGUUACAAUGCUUUGCGCCUUGCURAAUCUAUAGAGGAGAAAGCCAAGGAGCUUCUGGAGGCCAUUCCAAAACCCUUUCUCUCUCUUCAUCUUCGUUUUGAACCAGAUAUGGUGGCUUAUAGCCAAUGUGAAUAUCAAGGGCUUUCUUCUGCUUCUCUCGAAGCAAUCGAGGCGGCUCGGGGAGAUAGAAAACCCUGGACUGGGGAGUUGGCUGAAACAUGGAGAAAGCGUGGGAAAUGUCCUCUCACACCCCAUGAGACAGCCCUCAUCCUUCAAGCACUCCAUAUUCCAACUAAUACGCAUAUUUACUUGGCUGCUGGUGAUGGUUUGAAGGAAUUAGAAGGAUUCACAUCGGUUUAUACCAACGUAGUGACCAAGUCUAGCUUCCUCAGUAGCGACGAUUUCUCAAGAAUGCAUGGCAACACAAAAGCUGCAUUGGAUUAUUAUGUGUCUAUUAAUAGUGAUUCUUAUGUAGCCACAUUYUUUGGAAAUAUGGACAAGAUGGUUGCAGCGAUGCGAACGUUCAAUGGAAAGCAGAGGACAUUGUUUUUAAGUAGAAGAGCUUUUGCAGAGUUCACUUACAAGGGCCUGAAAGGGAAGGAGUUGAAGCAAGCCUUAUGGAAGACUCAUAGAGAUGAUUUUGCCAUGGGCAGGGGAUCUGCAUUGUCCGACUGUUUUUGUGAGUUCAAACUGUGAUUUCAAGAAACUCAGGUUUAUCAUUUUGUAUGUAACCAUUUUCCCUCUCUAUUAUUUCAUCUUCAUUGUUGUUUUUUUUUUCUUUUCCUGUUCACAAGUGCUUUAGUACAUUUACAAUAUUGACUCUUGAGUUCUUGCUCUUCCAGAUUUCUACCCCUUCAUGCUGAGGCAGAAUAGAUUCAUAUUUUUACCA